AUGCUCCAGCGAACAUUUUCUUCGUAUUCGUCUGCCUCUCUGCGUCGCUCAGAAACCAAUCUCGCCGUGAUGACCUCUUCGUAUCGCUACCCCGGCGCCGCGGGUCCUCGUAGAGCCCGCUCAGCCUCUGCCUCGCCCUAUCCUCGCUCUUGGGAGGAUAUCUCUCAUGCAAGAAAUGCUAAUCGUCGCACACAACGCUCCAGGGCUGCCCGUGAAGAGUUGCCUUCGUGGGCGUCGAUAGCCGGCCAAGGCCUCCAACGAGCAAGUUUUGCCGAGCUCGAGGCUGAAAACAAGACCCAGUUGACAUCUACUUUGGACGACGAUUUGCAUUCAAUCGCCUCGUGCGACUCUGCAGCGUCACAUCCCGCUUUCAGCGACGACGAAGACAUGUUCUCCGACUAUUCCGACGAAGACGAUUUCGAGUCCCUCACCGACGAAGCCCACGGAGUGACUACACGAGCGUAUAUCGCCGAAAAGGAACCGUAUCAGACUCUCUUCCCAACCACACUUCCCUCUCUGGAAGACCUGUUGUCGACUCAGGUCGGCUUUGAACCUGAGCGACGUGCACCAGAGUCCAAGCUUGAGUGGGACACGAUGGAGACUGCGGUACCAGAGUUUUCUCCAGAGCCCCGUGGUCGCAAGCUUGGAUUCGCUCCGAGUACCGUCUUUGAAAACAUUAUCAAAGAAGCUAUGCGCGCAUUCGCUACGAGAAGCCAAUACGCCGUGUAG